UCUCAAAGCGCACCAUAUAAUCAUGAUCGAGGUAAACCCUGCCAAAACCCUUGGUCUUCGUCUUGGUCGACCAAGCUUACAUUUCAGGUUUUGAUCGUCGAGAGAGAGAGAGAGAAAAUGCCGCUCGGAGAAAGAGGAGGUUGGGAGAGGAGCGAGUCUAAGUACUGUGGCGUGGAGACAGACUUCGACGACGAUGUCCCUUCUCUUCUCUCCUUCAAUAUCUCAACCGGUGGCUUCGAUUACGUCCUCGCUCCUCUGAUGAACCCUUCUUACAGACCGAGCUUGGUGGAUGCGGAUGUUAAGGAUACCCAGGUUCUUCCAGUUGCUGGGUCUGACUUAGUGUUGACACCUUCACAGUGGAGCAGUCAUGUUGUUGGAAAAAUUAGUUCUUGGAUCGACCUUGAUUCUGAAGAUGAGGUGUUAAGGAUGGAUUCAGAAACAACAUUGAAACAGGAAAUAGCUUGGGCUACCCAUCUCUCCUUACAGGCAUGCCUUCUUCCUACUCCUAAACGAUCUUCAUGUGCCAAUUAUGCUAGGUGUGUGAAUCAGAUUUUACAAGGGCUUAGUAACAUGCAGUUAUGGCUUAGGAUUCCACUGGUCAAGUCUGAUGGUGAUUCGAUGGAUGUUAAUUCGGAAGGUUUGAAUGAUUCCUGGGAGCUUUGGAAUUCAUUUCGUCUUCUCUGUGAGCAUGACAGUAAGCUGUCCGUUGCUCUUGAUGUUCUGAGUACGCUACCCUCUGAACCUUCACUAGAACGCUGGUUGGGAGAGCCCGUCAGGGCAGCCAUAAUAAGCACCGAUUCUUUCCUAACGAAUGCCCGAGGUUAUCCUUGCUUGUCAAAGCGGCACCAGAAACUAAUAACGGGAUUCUUUGAUCAUGCUGUGCAGAUUGUUAUUUCUGGGAAGUCUCUGCAUAAUCUUCAAAGGGCUAACACAAGCUCAACUGUGGCCAGUUCUGAGAAUAACACCGGGGGUUUGCAGAAGCAUCCCCUUCGGUCAUAUUUGGAUUAUGUUGCUUAUCUGUACCAAAAGAUGGAACCUCUGCCUGAGCAGGAACGCAUAGAGCUUGGCUACAGGGAUUUUUUACAGUCCCCCUUGCAGCCACUGAUGGACAACCUAGAAGCCCAAACCUAUGAGACAUUUGAGAGAGACUCUAUUAAAUACAUCCAGUAUCAAAGAGCAGUUGCUAAAGCUUUAGUGGAUAGGGUCCCUGAUGAAAAAGCAUCUACCUUAACCACUGUCUUGAUGGUUGUGGGAGCAGGAAGAGGACCCCUUGUUAGGGCAUCAUUACAGGCAGCUGAAGAAACUGGAAGAAAGCUGAAAGUUUAUGCUGUGGAGAAGAACCCCAAUGCAGUUGUUACACUUCAUAAUUUGGUUAGGAUGGAAGGAUGGGAAGCUGUCGUUACAAUAAUAUCAUGUGACAUGCGUUACUGGAAUGCUCCUGAGAAAGCUGAUAUCUUGGUGAGUGAACUGCUAGGCUCUUUUGGAGAUAAUGAACUCUCUCCCGAGUGCCUUGAUGGAGCGGAAAGGUUUCUGAAGGAGGACGGCAUUUCAAUACCUUCCUCGUAUACGAGUUUUAUACAGCCGGUUACAACUUCAAAAAUCCACAAUGACAUUAAGUCUCAUAAAGAUCUUGUGCACUUUGAAACUGCUUAUGUUGUGAAACUACACAGUAUAGCCAGACUUGCUCCUACCCAACCAGUAUUCACAUUUACUCAUCCGAACUUCUCGACAAAGGGUGACAACCAACGAUACAAAAAGCUACAGUUCAAGAUACCUAGCGAGGCAGGAUCUGCCUUGGUGCAUGGCUUUGCUGGCUAUUUCGAUGCCGUACUUUAUAAAGACGUGCAUCUUGGCAUCGAACCUUCAACCGCAACCCCAAACAUGUUCAGCUGGUUUCCGAUCUUUUUCCCGUUGAGGAAACCUGUUUAUGUUCAACCCGACUCACCAAUACAAGUACACUUCUGGAGAUGCCGUGGUUCCACAAAGGUUUGGUACGAAUGGUGCGUGGCUUCUCCGACUCAGUCUCCAAUGCACAACACCAACGGUCGUUCAUAUUGGGUCGGUCUCUGAGGUUGUCGUUGAAGAGCCUUAGAUCGAAGAAUCUCUGUAUCUCUGUGUGUUGCAUCAGUCUCUAUGUGUGUUACAUCAAAUACAACUGCCAAAAAAAACUUAGGUAGGAAGACGUAGAAGAAUCUUUUGGAUUUGAGACAGCAAAGAAUCCAAAUGGGUAUGAACCAUUACAUC